UAGUUGCGAAGCUCGUGCAACGGGUUAGAUCGAUCCGCGUGAGUCUGGCCGUGAAACAUAGAUCAUCGACCGCGCAUGUGCACGAAAAUCGUCCAACAGUUUCCGGAUCCGUCUCUUGGGAACCAAAGAGACAAAUUUACGACCGUCUACGCGUUUCUAUCAAUAUUAAAAGUCCCGUUAACCACUCGUACGUCGUAGUUACGUAAUAACAACGUUCGCGUGAAUCUUAAUUCUGGAAAAAGUGGAGCGAACAGACGCCAUCUGGUGAUGAAAGAUGUCAACAGCGUACAGAACUAUUCCGACAGCGUCGAGGAUCGCGUUGGGGUGUCUCCGGGAUUCAACGAAGAUUGGUUCGAUCGUUGUUAGAAGAAUGACUUCCGGUCAAUACAACGAACAGGUGGUGGUGCCCAAAGAGGACGUGGUUCGGUUCAUUCGUGAUUGCUUGUGUAAGGUCGGCACUCCGGACGAGUAUGGGCAAACGGUCGGCCACCACUUGAUGACCGCUGACUAUUGCGGCCAUUUUAGUCACGGAAUGAACAGAUUGCGAAUGUACGUGCAAGAUAUCGAGACCAAGACCACGGACCCAGCCGCGAAACCGCAGAUUCUCACUGACUUCCAGGCUAUAGCGCUGGUGGACGGGAACAAUGGGCUAGGCCAAGUGAUCGGUAAAUACAGCAUGGAGCUGGCCAUAGAGAAGGCGAAGAAGUUCGGAAUUGGAAUGGUCGUGGCCCGUGGUUCGAACCACUAUGGGAUCUGCGGCUACUACACGAUGAUGGCGAUCGAGCAGUGCUUGAUAGGGUUCUCCUGUACCAAUACCAGUCCAUUAAUGGCCCCAACUCGUAGUAAGGCUCAGGGAUUGGGCACCAAUCCUCUGUCUUUGGGCAUGGGAGCCCUGGACGGGGAUCGUUUUCACUUAGACAUGGCUACCACAGCCGUGGCUCUGGGGAAGAUCGAACUGGCCAUCAGGAAGAACGAACCUAUACCCUCGGGUUGGGCCUUAGGCAGCAAUGGAAAGGUCACUACGGACGCUGAGGACGCCUAUGAAGCAUCGCUUUUGAUGCCCCUGGGAGGGGAGGAGCAUACUUCUGGGUAUAAGGGCUACGGACUGGCCGCCAUGGUCGAAAUACUCUGCGGGAUUCUAUCUGGGAGCCAUUUUGGGCCCAACGUCAGACAAUGGAAGAAUAAGAAUGCGGUGGCUGACCUUGGGCAAUGCUUUAUGGCUAUUAACCCGGAAGCUUUCUGCUCCGAUUCGAAGACUAGGCUGUCCACUUUGCUGAAACAACUGAGGAACCUUCCUCCCGCCGGAAGUAAAUCUGUCAUAGUUGCUGGAGAUCCUGAGAGAGUCGCCAUGGAAGGCGUGGACAAAGUUGGCGGGAUCACGUACCAUCUUAAUCAGUUGAAGGAUUCGAAGGAACUGGCGGAACAACUCAACGUUGAACCUAUGAAACUUCUUCCUAAAAGGACAGUUCACUAACGUUUCAUGAUAUCAGGAUUCUGAAUCAUUCGUUCUACAACUACAGCAAUUCCUCGAUAAAACGUUUGAGUUUGGAAUCGAUCGAUCGUUUUAACGAGGUAGCAGCACGAAAUUGACUCCUGGGAUUGGAAUUUUUUUCGAAAGACGGCUUACAUGGACGCAGACUAUCGUGCUAAAGAAGGGACAAUACGUUUUAUCGAGGUAGAAAUGCGCCGUUUCAACGAGGAGUUGCUGUAAUUUUGGAGCAUUUAUUAGGGUUGGGUUAUUCAUUGCAUUUAAUUUCAACUAAUAUUUUCUCAGGAAUUUGUACUGCCAUUGCAAUGUUAUUAUAACGGGUGGGAAAUUGAUAUAGCUCAAGACUGAGACUAACUUUUUUGCAUAUGAAUAUUCGAACAUUUGGGCGAUUCGAAUAUUCAGCGAAUAUUAUUUAAAUACUAUUCUAACCCUGUGAUGAACAAACGAAUGAGUAAAUGAGAAAAAGUGAGUCUUACGUUUAAAGCAACGGAAAUUAGAGUUACGUUUAUGUUACGCGUAGUCUAUCAUCGAUACAAUAAUAUGUAAUUGCAGCUCUAAUACCACGAAUACCAAAGUCCACUAAUGUCACGUUUACUUUGCAAACAAUGUUUACACGACACCGACAAGCUCGCGUGUCCGUUUCGCUGAUUUAAUGGAAACCAUGCUCGCGAUGACAUAAUAGCGUCGCAGUCUGAUCGUCGAUGAACGACGACAAGGCCUUGGACUUGCUCGAAGAAUCUUGAUUGCACUCAUUACCGAUCUACGGUCGCGAUUAUCGAUGAUGAGCCUUCGGUCCAAACAACAAACGACAGAUUUGCAUAAUCUGGCCACAAGAUCGAUGGAUCCCCGCAAUAACUGUCGAGCUUUGUCGAUUUUAUCUGCGAAACGAUAACACGACGAGAAAUCAUUAUCUGAUGAAUCACGCGCACAGCUGGGAUAAAUACUAUUUUAACUAGCAAACAGUAAAAAAAUAUAAUUAUUUCAGAUUAUGUUGCGGAGUUUCGUAAACAUAGUACUCAACAGAUUUAUUAUAAGAUAAACAAAAUUAUAUAAAAAUUAUUACAAAGUUGCAGCAUUUAAACCUUCGUAGGAAACAUAAAAUAAUAAGCUGUGGCGUCACUACUUAUAUAACAAAAAUUAAAUAGCAAACAUUGGUGUCUAAAUGUACACAGUAAAAAUAAAAUAACGAACCAGUAAUUAUAGAGAAAAAAGAAAGAAAUUAUUAAAUUAUAAAGACAUAAAAAUAAAUAUUAAUCUGAAUUCUUUUCGUCUAUAGUAAUUGCAAUUACGUUGAUAUUGUUCACAAAUUCUCACAUUUUUCAUAUUUUUUAUUAACUCUUAAA